UGAUUCUAGCACUCUCCUUCCAAACCUGUGUGCAACGAUGCUUUAAUGAAUCCUGUCAAGGAAACGCGAAGUGAAUAAAUAAUUUAGAAUAAUUUUGAGCUCCCAUUAACUAUUUAGUUCUUCAUACUUUCAUCUGUAGGUGAAUUUGUUGUAUUCAGUUGUAGACUUACAUUCCAACCGCAACAGCAAAACCGUAGCAUUCGAACAACCUUUCGCCUGCUAUCUGUCGUCAUCGGUGCGUCAGUGGUUAGUCGAUUUCGCGCACGAUUUGAAACUUGUUUAUAAGUUUGUUUACAUUACAAAUUAGAAAUGGGUGAACAGGACAGCAGUCCAGUAUCAGAAUGGUACACCAACAAAUCCAUAUUCAUUACAGGUGGAAGCGGAUUUAUGGGUAAAGUUAUGAUAGAAAAACUGCUUUAUUCAUGUCCAGGAAUAAAGUGCAUAUACGUACUUCUUCGGAGCAAAAAAGGAAAAUCUCCGAAAAAGCGGAUUGAAGAUUUUUGGCAAUUACCGAUGUUCGAACGGCUCAGAAAAGCUCAGCCUUCAGCUGUGAAAAAAAUAAUUCCUCUCAUAGGAGACUUGCAUACAGAACAUUUAGGACUAAGUGCCACGGAUAUCGAACUUUUGGCCAACGAAUGCAACAUCGUUUUACACAUGGGCGCCACUUUAAAACUGGAAGCAAAUUUAAAAGAUGCUAUCGAACAAAAUACAGGGGGCACUGCGAGAGUAAUAGAUGUGGCUAGAAAGAUGAAAAAUUUGGUUGCUUUCUUGCAUUUUAGCACUGCCUUUUGUUCCGUCGAUAUAGAUGUGUUUGAAGAAAAAGUAUACGAAUCCAAGGACUCGCCCCGAGAGGUAAUGGAAAUUACAAAAUGGCUGAACCCGCAAGCUUUAGAAGUCGCAACUCCUUCGAUAAUAGCUCCACAUCCGAAUACGUAUACUUACAGCAAAAGACUAGCUGAAAAUUUGGUAGCUGAGGAAAAAGAUAAUUUUCCUGUAUGCAUAGUUCGCCCGGCUAUAGUAAUUCCAUCAGUGAGUGAACCAGUCCCGGGCUGGGUGGACAACCUAAACGGCCCGAUAGGUCUUUUGGUGGGCGCUGGGAAAGGAGUAAUUAGAUCCAUGCACUGCAAAGGUGAAAAUACCGGACAGUUCAUACCAGUCGAUUACGCAAUAAAUGCCAGUAUAUGCAUCGCUUAUUUAGUCGGAACUAAUCAGACUGGUCAGGAAGAUGUUCCCGUGUAUAACUUAACUACAACUUCAAUCGUCUCAAUGACGUAUAGAGAAAUUAUAGACCAGGGAAGGAACAUUGUCUACGACAACCCAUUUGAAAUGCAAGUUUGGUAUCCUGAUGGAGAUAUAAGAGCGUCCAAAUUUGUCCAUAAUAUUUACAGCCUGUUCUACCAUUGGAUUCCCGCAAUUCUCAUAGACUUUUUAAUGAUUAUUUUCAGACAAAAGACUUUCAUGCUACGGAUACAAAGAAAAAUCUACGACGGUUUGGAACUAUUACAAUUCUUCUCUGUGCGCGAAUGGAUAUUCAAAAGUGAAAAUUUCAUCGGAAUUUUGGACAAAUUAAACGAAAAGGAUCAAAAGAAAUUUCCAAUGCUAAUAGUUCCGCCUAUACAAGAAUAUAUGUUGCAUGCUGUUUUGGGCACGAGACAAUAUUGUUUGAAGGAGGACCUGUCGUCGUUGCCUAGAUGUAGAAGUAAACAAAAAUUGCUGUACGUGGUUCACAAAAUGUUUGUUUUUGCUUUCUACUAUUACGUCUUCUACCUUUUGAGUUGUCUUUUUCCACCAGUAAAAAUACUGUUUGAUGGAAUGAAAACAGGGCUUAGUUAUAUACCUGUUUUUGGUUAUAUUUUUUCGUGAGUGCACAAAAUCAAAGUAUGUGACCUAAGUGUACUUUUAUCAUUUAUUGUUAUAUUUUUUAUGUGUAUUUUAUUAUAUAAUUUGAA